AUGCAUGCAAGAAAUGAAAGUAUAAAUACUGCAAAGUUUUUAAAACAUCCAACGACGAAUGCUACUACGAAUACCUCAAUUUCAAUACCAGUUAGAUCAGUCAGAUAUUCUGAGUCAGAAUCACCAGAAUAUCAGCAGUCUUCAAAUCAGUGGCUGCCACAACAGGCGGAGACAAACGUAGAUGUCAUUGAUAAUCUUAGUGAAUCAGAAGAUGUAAUUGGUGUCAGUGGUGUAGAUAAAUGUCCAGGUGUGGUACCAUUUUUGCCAUCCAGUGGUACAAGUAACGAUCGACGUGUUUUUUUUCAAGACGAAUUAUUUGAACUUAAAACAACACCUACUAACAAUUUAUCGAGAGAUCAAAGGUCAACAAAGUCAAAAAAUACAACUGAUAUUGGUAGUGCUACUUGUAUUGUCGACCAAUACUCACUACUUGAAAAUCCAAAUUCAUUUGCGGUAACGAAUGUUAGUUGCUAA